CUUCUCCCCUCCUUACAUACACACAUACACUCUUUCUCUAUUCACCUCUUCACUCACUCACUUUUCUUUCUAAUGGCCAACCCUGGGGUGGAAAGAUUCCCUGACUUCUUCCAGAGGUGGAAUGGGAAGCUUGAGGAUAUUCUCCAACAGCUUAUGCAGGUGUCCAACCAGAGAACCGAGGUGGUCAAGACUCAACAAGAGCUGCAAGCUUUGGUGUCAACAGUCACAACCCAUUUGAAGUUAUACUACACUACCAAAUGGGCUGCUGCACAUGGAAACGUUCUGAUUUUCUUUUCUCCACCCUGGCUGAACCCUUUGGAGCAUGCUCAGCUUUGGUUGUCGGGGUGGAAGCCGUCCACGGUGUUCAGGCAGGUGGAGAAUCUGAAGAACAGGAAUGUUUUGGUGUUGACGGAGGAGCAGAAUAAGAAGAUAGAGGAGCUGAAGAUGAGGGUAAAGAUGGAGGAGGAGAAGGUGGAGAGGGAGAUGGAGAGGCAGCAGGUGGCCAUGGCGGACCGCAAGAUGGUGCAGUUGGCCAAAAUCACGGGCCGCGCAAGUGCCAAUGGUUCGGCGGAUGCUGUUGCCGAAGUGGCAGUGAAGGAGGUUUUUGAAGGGUUGGAGACGGUCAUGAAGGCUUCCGAUUGCGUGAGGCUCAAGACACUCAAAGGGGUGUUGGAUUUGCUUAGUCCAAUGCAGAGUGUGGACUUCCUGGCGGCGAAUAUAACUACGCAGCUGCGAUUCAGGCACUGGGGGGCGAAGAAGAAGGACACCGCUGGGGCCGUGCCCAGUGUGAAUCAAGACAAGUGAAGUGUUAUCCAUGGAACUAGCUAGCCGAAGAAAGAAUAAGACUAAAGUGGGCAUCUCCUUUAGGGUUGGUUAGUUAGUUAAUUUCCUCUUCGUUGAAACAAAAAAAUGUUGUUGUUUAGUUUGUGCUUGCUAGUACUCUUGUACUUGCAGCAAAGUUGUUUUCUUUUCUUUUCAAUGUUGUAAGAAAAAGGAGGAGAAAUGAUUGAUGAAUAUAUAUCAUUAUAUUAUUUCUGUUCCAAAAAACAGAAAA